CUGUUUUAUGCUCAAUUUAAUAGCUUUUCUUUUAUAUUUUCUAGAAUAAGAAGGUCAAGGGGAUAUCGAAGACACUCACACUGUACAGUCAGUGAAGUAAAUCGCAUUAUGUGUUGUGUUUGUUUUGUUCAUGAGAAAUCCAUUUUAUUGCAACCAUGUAAUCAUAUUUGCCUAUGUUCCAGUUGUAUCAAUGAAUUAUUGAACACCUACGAGGAGCCAUUAUGUCCUUUAUGUCGUUCAAUGAUUAUCUCUUACCUUGAUGUCUAUAUUUAA